GCCAAUAUAUUAGCUACUUUUGCUACUACUUUUGGACAUUCAAUCAAAGGCAGUCAUGGAAAACGGGAGAAGGCAACUAACUCCUGAGCAGGAUGCCCUGGAGCACAUAGUUGCUUACAAAGAUAAACCCUUCCUGGAUUAAAGGGAGAGGUGUGGUCAGCUCGGAAGCUAUUGAACCAUCCACCUUUGUUGUUGAAUAUCGGGGGAACAUCUUUGCUCAAAGACAGAGGCCUAAGAAAUGUGGCGAUUCGCUGAACAAUUACUUGUUUGAGUUUUCAUGGAUUGGAACACACUGGUGCAUUGAUGCUUCAGCAGAGGACGGGACCCUUGGAAGACUUGUGAAUGAUGAUCACAUAAGUCCUAACUGUGAAAUUAAGAAAAUUGUUUAUGAAGGAAAGCCACACUUGUGCCUGUUUGCAGUGAAAAAAAUAUCUGUGGGUGAGGAGAUAACUUACAAUUAUGGGGACUGCUCUUAUCCAUGGCGCUCAGGGGAAUCCUAUGAUGAAUUGAGUUCUUUCAACAUGGAAUCCUAUCCUUCUUCAUUAAAACCAAAGAAUGAAAUGUUUCAGAGCUCUGAAGCUUCCAGUUCUGAAGAAUCCUGCUUUGAUGAUGAUGAAGAAUGUGAUAUUGGGCCAAGUCUUGAUGAUGACAGUGUUACCAACAUCAAUUGUCAGCUGGAUUCCAGGGACAACUCACCUUUUACAGAGUCAGAUUCCUUUAAAGAGAUGACCGCUUCAUGUACCCAGCAGGAGGAGGAGGGGGAGGCUGCUUUCAGUUCUGAUGAACUCAGCUGGGAUGAAGAUGAUGGAACUAGUGAUGCUACACAAAAGCCUGAAGUCUCUGCUUACAACAGUAAGAACUAUUGUUAUGUUUGUGGGAAAGGUGUGAUUAAGAGUGCUCGACACCUUUUAACGCAUGCUAAUGAGGAGCCUGAAAUCGCUGAAGCAUUUUCAUUACCCAAAAACUCCAAGGAACGAAAGCAGUUGCUUGAUGAUUUGCGGAACAGAGGAAAUUACAAACAUAAUCAAGGCGUGUUGAGAGAUAACAGUGGAGAGCUGAAACUGCGAAGACGACCAACAGCUACAGGAGUCACCGCUAAAACAUGCACACACUGUCUAUAUUGUAAAGGCAUGUUUCAGCGUAAGAAGCUGUGGAGGCAUGUAGCCAAAUGCCCCUCUAAGACACAAAACUCAGUAAAAGGUGGCAAGACUAGAGUCUUAAGUGAGAUUGCACUUGCAGAGUCACCAUUCUCCGAAAAACUUACAUCUGAUGUGUGGGAGAUGCUUUUGACCAUGAAACCAGAUGAGAUUGCGUUGGCAGUUCAGAAUGAUUAUCUUUUAAUGCAGCUGGCGCAAUAUCUGUCCGAGAAGAGUGGCAAUAAACCAAAUAAACAUGAUAUCAUCAGACAGAAACUGAGAGAAAUGGGAAGACUCUUGUUAGCGCUGAGAGAAAAAUCUAUAUUUUCCUUUGAGGAGGCUAUCAAACCUGAAAACUUCUACCGAGUUGCUGAGGCUGUCAAAGACAUUGCUGGUUUUGAUGAAAAGAUGAAGUGCUACAAAACACCAAAUCUUGCUUCAAAAAUAGGACAUUCACUCAAAGCAAUAGGCAACAUUGCCCUGGCUGAAGCUGAUGGCAAUGAACAGAUGAUGAAAGACACAAAGAAAUUCAUGAAAUUGUAUGCAAAACAUUGGACAUCGCUUUUCUACAAAACAGUCCAGGCUUGGCAAAACGGACAAAGGAUAAACAACCCAUCUACCAUACCAUUCACACAUGAUGUGCAGAUGUUCCACAAGUACCUAGAAACAGCAUCAGCUUCUGCCAUUGAAGGCCUGAAGAUGUAUGAAAAAACACAGAUCUACAGUGCACUUUGCAGAGUGACACUUGCACAGGCGUCUGUCCUAAACAAAUGUGCACCUGAGGUUUCAAAAAUGACACUCAAGGCAUUCCAGGAAAGGGAAGAAACCACCAAAGUGUUGUCCAAGAACUUCAUCAGAAUAAAUACUCUAGGCAGGAGUGGCCAAAACGUUGCUGUCUUGUUGACCUCUGAACUUGUUGGUGCAAUAACGUUGCUUGUCAACAAGAGAGAUGCAUGUGGAGUGCACAAACACAAUCCUUUCUUAUUUGCAAGGCCGAACUCCUCUGCUACAAGCCUCUACCAUGGAAGGAACUGCAUCAGGGCCUUUUCAUGCCUGUGUGGUUUGAAGAACCCAGAGCAUUUCAGGUCGAUGCAUCUUUACAAGCACAUUGCAAGAGUGUUCCAGAUUCUCAACCUCGAGAAUGACGAGCUGAAUCACCUUGCUAAAUUGCUGGGACAUGACAUCCGGGCUGACAGGGACUAUUAUCGGUUGCCAGAGGCAGCUGUUGAACUUGCAAAAAUCGCAAAGCUACUUCUGGCAAUGGAAAAAGGGUCUCUGGAAAUAUUCAAAGGAAACUCUCUUGAGGACAUUGAGAUUGAGGAUGAAUUGGAGUCAGAUGUGGAGCAGGGCAACCCUAAUAACGCAGAUGCUGAGGAGGACAAUGAAGUAUCAGAUUGCAUGCCUCAGCAGAGUGAUGCAGUGGAACAACAGGGGAGUCAACUGAGUCCUGAGCAAGACGCCCUGGAGCACAUAAAGGCUUGCAGAGACAAACCGUCCCUGGAAGAAAGGUUUAUUGACCCGUCUAAAGGAAGAGGUGUGUUCGCCCUUAAAUACAUUGAACCAUCCACAUUCGUUGUUGAGUAUCGGGGGAACAUUUUCCCUCACCAAGAAACCGAGAAAAAGAAAUGUGACACUCUGAAUUGUUACUUCUUUGACUUCUCGUGGAAUGGAACAAACUGGCGCAUUGAUGCUUCAAUAGAGGACAGGACCCUCGGAAGACUUGUGAACGACGAUCAUAUAAGUCCUAACUGCGAAAUGAAGAAAAUUGUCUGUGAGGGAAAACCACACUUAUGCUUGUUUGCGGUGAAAAAAAUAUCCCCAGGCGAAGAGAUAACUUACAAGUAUGGGGAUUCCUCUUAUCCGUGGCGCUCAAGGGUUAGAGACUCAGCAGUCUGCAGUUCUGCAGAAUCCUGCUGUGAUGAAGAGUACUUACCUGACAGUGGACCAACCAGUGACAACCAGAUGAACAAUUCAGGUUUCACAGAGUCUGGUUGUUCAAAACAGCAGAGCUCAGAUGCUUCAUGCAUGCAGCAGGAGGACAAAGGGAAUGACAGCCCUGAUGGGUCCGACUCUGAUAGUGACUCCUCACACAUUGAUGCUUCAUCACAGUCUGAAGACCCUCACUGCACCAGCAGAAAUUACUGUUAUGUUUGUGGGGAAUCGAAGUCCAAAAUUUCUCGUCACCUUUUCACCCACAGAAACGAAGAAGCUGAUAUUGCUAAAGUGUUUGCAUUACGUCGAAAAUCCAAGGAACGGAAAAGACUACUGAAUGAGUUACGAAACAGAGGAAAUUACAAACAUAAUCAGACGGUUUUGAAGAGUAACCAAGGACAACUGAAAUUGAUAAGAAAAUCAAGCAUUUCCAACACUGAUAAAAAAGAGCUUGCAGUCUGUCUCUAUUGUAAAGGCAUGCAUGUUCGCAAGCACAUGUGGCGACAUUUGCAAAAGUGUCCUGCAAAGAAAUAUACGCAAUCUCCAAUAGUGGUCAAGACUAAAAUCUCGACUAUGGUUGCUGUUGCAGAGUCAACAGACUCCCAGGGACUUUCGUCAGAUUUGAUACACAUCCUUAAGAAGCUGAAGAAUGAUGAGGUUGCAUCUAUAGUUCGGAAUGAUUCCCACAUACUGCAGCUGGCACAGUAUAUUAACCUCUAUAAUGAAGGUAAAACAAAAAAAGUUUCAUACAUCCAACAGAAACUGAGGGAAAUGGGAAGACUCCUGUUACAACUGAGAACAAAGUCAAUAUUUAGCUUUGAAGAAGCUAUCAAACCACAAAACUUCAGCAAACUUGCUGAAGCUGUGAAAGAGGUCGCAGGUUUCAGUGAAGAGAUGAAGUCAUGUAACAGACCAAGUGUCUACCGGAAAUUGGGAAUUUCACUGAAGAACCUUGCCAACAUUAAUCUUGCCAGGGCCUUAAAAGAAAAUGCUGAUAAACAGACAAUAGAAGAAGCAGAGACAUUUGUAAAAUUGUGUGCCGAAGAAUGGAUCUACGUCCACUCAUCACAACCAAAUGUAGAUGGCCUGUCAACGAUACCAUUCAUACAGGAUAUCCAGCUCUUCUACCAGUGCAUGGAUAAGACUGCAUCCUCUGCAGUUGAAAGCCUGACAAUGUACGAGAGCCCACCAGUCUAUAUUGCACUUCUCAGAGUCACAGUUGCACAAGUGUCAGUCUACAACAAAUCUGCGCUAGACGUUUCAACAGUAUCACUCAAGUCAUUCAAGGAAUGGGAGGAGACUGAGCUUCUUGACAACACUGCUGUCUGCCAGUCACAGUUUGAGCAAAUUCUGUCCAAGCGCUCCAUGAAGAUCAAUGUUAUGAGCAAUGGAGACAAAAAACUAGCAGUUACGCUUACACCUGAAGUGCUCAGUGCGAUAAAACUGCUUGUGAGCAAGAGAGAAUCAUGUGAUGUACAUGAAAGUAAUCCCUUCUUAUUUGGGAGGCCAGCUGCCAAAUGUAUUAGUUACUUAAAGGGACGCCAGUGUGUCCAGACUUUUGUAGAUCGGUGUAAGGCAAAGAAUCCCGAGCACCUCAGGUCUCUUUUCUUCCAUAAGCACAUUCUGAGAGUGUUCCAGAUUCUCAGCCUCACAAACAACGAACUUGAUCAGCUAAGCAAACUGCUGGGCUGUGAUAUUCGGACGGACAGAGAUUACUAUCAGUCACCAGAGGCAGCUGUCGACAUCGCAAAAAUUUCAGAGCUACUGUCGGCAAUGGAGAAUGGAUCUCUUGAAACAUUCAAAGGAAAAUCUCUUGAGGAAAUUGAGUUUGCAGAUAAAUGGGAGCCAGAGGCGGAGCAGGACAACCCUAAAAUCAGUGAUGCUGAGGAGGACAAUGAAGAAUCAGAAAUUUCUCUUCAGCUAAGCGGUCGUUCCUCUUCAAAUCGCUCCUUUUCGGCUUUUAAGAAAACCAGCAGAGUUUGCCAAGUUCCUUCUUCAAGGAAACGUGGCCGACCAAAGAAAAGUGAGUCUUCUGAGCUGAAUAAUGAGAAACGUGAUGCAAUGAACACAGAGAAGGAUGACAAGCCAGAUGAAAUGUCUCUAAGCUGUGCUGUCAACACACGAGAGGAAAGACCAUCUCGUAGCAAGGACAAGGCAUCAUACAUUUAUUUUAGUGAUGAUGACGAAGACAUGAAUGUGGACUUCGACAUGGACUUAGACACCGAUGAGGAACUUCCUCUCUCUCCUUCAGGUCAUUCCUCUUCAAAACGCUCCUUUUCAGCUUUAAAAAAAACUAGCAGCGUUUGCCAAGUGCCUUCUCCAAGGAAACGUGGCCGACCCAAAAAAACUGAGUCUAAAAAGGCGUCUUCUGAGCUGAAUAAUGAGAAAUGUGAUGCAAUGAACACAGAGAAGGAUGACAAGGCAGAUGAAAUUUCUCUGAGCUGUGCUGUCAACACACGAGAGGAAAGACCAUCUUGUAGCAAGGACAAGGCAGCAAACAUUUGUUUUAGUGAUGAUGACGAAGACAUGAAUGUGGACUUCAACAUGGACUUAGACACCGAUGAGGAACUUCCUUUCUCUCCUUUAGGUCAUUCCUCUUCAAAACGCUCCUUCUCAGCUUUAAAAAAAACUAGCAGCGUUCGCCAAGUGCCUUCUCCAAGGAAACGUGGCCGACCCAAAAAAACUGAGUCUAAAAAGGCGUCUUCUGAGCUGAAUAAGGAGAAACGUGAUGCAAUGAACACAGAGAAGGAUGACAAGCCAGAUGAAAUAUCUCUGAGCUGUGCUGUCAACACACGAGAGGAAAGACCAUCUUGUAGCAAAGGCAACGCAUCAAACAUUUGUGUUAGUGAUGAUGACGACGGCCUGAACCUGGACUUUGACAUGGACUUAGACACCGAUGAUGACAUUGACAGAAUUCUGGAAAAUGAUAGCGAUGGUGACACAAACAGCCCAGCAGCAACACCUGUGAUAAAAGAUGUUAAAGUCACGAAAAAGACGGACAAUCACAGCAGUGAUAAGAAGAAAGGCAGUUCUUCCAAGUCUACCCCAGAUACGGACCUCGAAGGGACCAUGGACAGUGAUGCAGAGAAAGAAAAUCGAAAGAAAGGAGAGGGAGAAAGUAACUGGAUGGAUGUGGAUUGCAGGUAUUCAUCUGCCACCUUAAAUACAGGAAAGAAGAGCAAAUUAUUGGCUACACUGGCUGGCACGAAACAACUGAAGAUAUUUAUCCCAAAACUGGACAUAGAGAAGUUUCAGUUUCCAGUCAACAUGUCCCAAUUACCAUCUUUGUGUAACUCUGUUGAGAGGCCAGUCAGACAUCCACCAAUCCAUGACUAUGACAACGAGCCUAGCCCUGAAAAGGACAUACAGAUGAGCUGCUCCCACUGCAAGACGAGUAUGCUGAAGGGCCAAACAGCUUUCCAGAAGAAGGGAUUCAUGGAUGUCUUCUGCACAAAACGCUGCCUGUUUCAAAUGUUUCCCAUCAACAAAACAGUUGUCAGGACAUGUCAUUACUGCCUCAAGGCGAUAACACAGCUUUCGGACCUCAUCAUGGCCGCAGUGGACAGAAAGGGGACUAUGAAGGACUUCUGCAGCCCGGCGUGCCUUCUCUUUUUCAAGUCCAACCCUGAGUUCACCCAGACACUGCAGUCAAUCUGCAGCCAGUGUGACAAAACCUGCACUAGCACAUGUGAGCUGACCCUGGACGGGUCUGUCUACAAGUUUUGCAACGUCGCCUGCUUGGAUGAUUUCCGCAGGGACAACAUGACCGUCUGUGAGAACUGCAACUCCUACUGCCACAGGAAACCGCUUGUCCUGAAGAUGGAGGAGGGCACCAAAACCAUCUGCAGCGACAACUGCCUGGACGAGUUCAAAGAGCAGAAUAUCAACACACCUCACAAGUGUACCAUGUGCCAGACGUCUCAACCGGUGUCAGACAUGAUUGCCCACAAAAGCGGUGAAGACACUGUGGAGCUCUUCUGCUCUCGAACCUGUGUGACGUCCUACAAGCUACGGCCUGUAAUUGUUUACAAGCUUCAAGGAAAGAUAAACAAGCAGGCUCGGAUGAAGAGGUGGCGUAAAGGCACACAAUCAAAUGAAAAAACAAAUACUGAGGAUGAACAGGUGGGCUCAGACUCCACCGCAAACCAAAACGAUGCGUCUCCAGCUGCAAACUCGGCGAGCACGCCAACAUUAAUCAUCGCAGACUCAUGUGUUCUUUGUUGCCACUGCGGAAAGAGUCUGCCGAGAGGACAGACACUUUACCAACCGAGAAACUCACUAGAGGUUUUUUGCUCUGCCUCCUGCCUCUCUGUAAGGCAUCCCCACAUCAACUUAGCCACCAAAAGCUGCUACAACUGCUGUCAGGUGAUUAUGCGACCUCACAAUAUCAUCCUGGCUCCGGUGGAUGAUUCAGGAACUAUGAAGGAGUUGUGCAGUUCGACAUGCCUCGCUUUUGUCCAAUCCAAAAGGAAAAUGGCUGCCCCAAAACCUCCACCGAAGGAAGGACCUCGGUCAGAGUGCCGGAUGUGUGCCAGAUUCUGCUAUUGCAAAUACAAGCUGACCGUCGAUGGCACGCUCUCCCGAGUGUGCGGCGACGCAUGCUUCAUCAAGUAUCACAAAGACAACAACUUGCCUUUGUUUACCUGCGACAUCUGCAACGCCCUCGAUAUCAACGUUGACAAACAGCUCUUGUUGAUGACAGAAGACGGCGAUAAAACGAUCUGCAGUGAAGAAUGUCUGGUCAAGUUCAAAGAGGAAGUCAAGUCAUCUCAGUUGUGCACCAUGUGCCAGACGUCUCAUCGGUUGUCAGAUAUGGUCGAAAACAAAAACGACGAGGGCAAGUUGAACUUCUUCUGCAGCAACCGAUGCAUGAUGGUAUACAAGGCCCAGUCGUUCACUGAGUCAGAGACGAAAAGCCCAUCAUCUGAAGAGAAUGACAUCAAAGAAGUGAAGCCAUUAGUACCAAAUUUGGAGUUUAUAAAAGAAGAGCCCAUUGAUGAGGAGUACAACCAGAAUCUCCCAUCCUCUGUAUCUACAGCAGACAUCAAGGAUGAGCCAAAUAUGAAAAAGGAGGACUUAAAGAUCUGCUCAGUCUUCUCCUUGACGGACGACUGCAUGUCUGCUGCUCCCACUCUCACCCGCAUGGAUCUGCCUGCAUCUUGUUCCUCCUGCAAAAAGGUCCUGAUGGACGGAGAGACUGUGUACCAGAGGAAAAGCCAUGCAGACAUCUUCUGCUCCACCUCCUGCCUUUUACAGUUUUAUCAAAUGAAACCAGUGAAGAAGACUUGCCACUUCUGCCUUCAGGUGAUCACACAGCCUCAGGACAUCCUCGAGGCCCCAGUGGAUAAUGAGGGCCAGAUAAAGGACUUCUGCAGCCAGACCUGCUUCUCCUCCUUCAACUACAAGAGAAUCGUAUCCACCAAAAUACCCAUCGUGCCAGUCGCGUCACAGUCACAAUGCAGCAUUUGCAGCAGAUACUGCAUUAGCAAACAUGAGGUCGUACAGGAGGACACCGUCUACAAAAUCUGCAGUGAACCCUGCUUCCUCCGUUUCUGCAACCUGUCCAUCUGCAAGAACUGUAACGCCCGCUGCAACACACCGCUGAAGCUCAAGAUGGAUGACGACAGCAAAACAUUUUGUGGUGCAGAGUGUCUGGAACAUUUCAAACAUGAAAUCACAACGCCGCAGCCCUGCUCCAUGUGCAACACAUCCUGUCUGAUGUCGGACAUGGUGGAAAACAAAAGCAGUGAGGAUGUGGUGGAACUCUUCUGCUCCAGCAGUUGUCUGAUGGCGUCUAAGAUUCAGGCGGUCAGUGCGUCAGGCACUGAAUUGAAUUGUGAUAACUGCAGUAAGACUACAGUGCCCGCCUGCCACCUCGCCAUGUCAGAUGCCUCUAUCAAAAAUUUCUGCGCACUAACCUGUGCCAUGGUUUUUAAGGAGACUCACAUGAAUGGUGCCACUAGCCCCGCAGGGGCCCACGACCAAACACAGUGUGAUUCCCUAAAAACACCAGAGAAACUGCCAUGUGCCCAGUGUCGCUGCAUCAUAAAAACUGCUCCCCAAGUCGUCCAGAAAAAGGGCAAAAUGAAUUUCGUCUGCAGCUCGGCCUGUGCUCAAGAGUUUAAGAGAGUGAACAACAUUAUUGGCGAGUGUGAAUACUGUAAGAUGGAAAACAUCAUCGGAGACGCCAAGAGAGUCAACAACAAAGACUGCUACUUCUGUAGUGACAGCUGCAGGGUGCUUUUUGAACAUAAUCUUGAAAAGAAGUGGGGGAAAUACUGUCGCUCGUGUGCUUACUGCCUCUCCAUCUCCGAGACGGUGGUGACAGCGUACUACGAAAACAAGACCAUGAAGUUUUGCUCUGAAGACUGCAACUUAAAUUACAAAAUGCUCCACUGCCGUGUUGCCAGCUGUGACACCUGCAGUCGCAAAAGGAAACUAAAGCAGAGUCUUUCCCUGCUGGGGGAAGUCAAACACUUCUGUGAUAUGAAAUGUCUGCUUCUGUUCUGCAAUAAAAAAGGACAAAUGGUCAACACAGCUGCAGCUGAGUCUUCUCCUGUCAUCGCUAACGUUAUUUCACUUGCUGGUGUUUUGAAACUGCAUCACAGCGCCUCAACCGACACUUCACAGCAUGAUUUGGUCUCUGACAUUCAAACAAAGGUUGUUGGGCAUGCCGGUGUCCAAACUGUCCCAAAGGAACUGAAGAACAAGUCCAUGCUCUGCACACCGUUAGUCCACAACAAAGGAGUCUCCUGUGCAACACAGACAGUCGAUGCAGAGGCCCAAACAGAUGUCUUUGUACCUAAAGUCAUAACCCUGCCUGUGCCGGUUCCGGUCUACGUUCCUGUGCCGAUGAACAUGUACAGCCAGUACACACCCAAACCCGUCGGCCUGCCCUUACCUCUGCCUGUGCCCGUGCUCGUCCCUGUGAUGCUGGACAACUCAGACUCAACAAUAAAAUCCAUGAAGGACAACAUUCCCCCUGACAGCUUUGAGGGCGAGUUCAGCUCCAAAGUAGAAAGUCAAGACACUCAUGUCCCCAAAGACCUCACCAGUCACUGCAGUGAUGACCUGGAUAGGUUAAACAACCAGGACUCCUCCUUCUCUGACACCAGACUCGGGUUGCUCAGUCGACCACAUACCCACAAGGAACCCCUUCUGAACUUAGAUAUGGACCUGCCCAGAGAGCCUCAUCCAGCUCCUCCUCCUCUUCCUCCUGAUCUCACUGUGGAGAUGAAAGAGAAUCCCCUGAGCUCACUGAGCCCUGUGCCGACCCGUCAACUACUACAAGAAACUGUCGUUAAAAUCCACAACAAGAAUAAGGGUCGUAAGCUGCAACAGUCGCCUCAGGAGGAUAAAGAGCGAACAUCUCAUAGAAACUUUUCAGAGGCUGUGACCAGCAGGUACCGCAAACUGAACAGUCAGUAUGGGAUCGAUGCCUGGAGGAGAUGGAUACAGUGGAGGGAAUCACAAACAAACCCGGACCUGGUUUCUCCAGGUGACGCAGCCUUAAAAGAAGACAUUCUUCGCUGCUCUGUGGCUGAGCUGAGCCAAGGCCUCUGUCAUUUCAUCACUGAGUUGAAACGACCCGACGGGGAGCAGUACUCCCCCGACAGCCUGUUCUACCUCUGCCUCAGCAUACAACAGUAUCUGUAUAAGAACGGUCGAAUGGAGAACAUAUUCAGUGAUCUGAUCUACAGCAAGUUCUUGACAGUUUUCACUAAGAUCCUGCAAAAUUUCAAACCUUCAGUCGCAGCCAGCGGUAAUAUCCUUUUCUGUGUUGAGGAGGAGUUUCUGUGGGACUGUAAACAGUUGGGGGCGUACUCCCCCAUCGUCCUCCUCAACACUCUGCUCUUCUUCUGCUGCAAGUACUUCGACUUCACCACGGUGGAGCAACAUCGCCAGCUGUCCUUUGCCCAUGUCGUGCACUACACCAAAACCAACCAGGACAACACCGAGACCACCUUCCUGCGCUUCUACCUGCCCUCUACAAAUGAGGCAGAUUCAGACGGCGUCCCGGCCAAGAAACAAAGAAAAAAUGAGAGUGAAGAGGAAAUCCUUGAGAUGAAGGAGAACACAGAGAACCCUCUUCGCUGUCCGGUCAGACUCUAUGAGUUUUACGUCUCCAAGUGCCCAAAGUCGGUGAGGCGGCGCUCUGAUCUGUUCUACCUUCAGCCCGAUCACUUCUGCCUCCCCAACAGCCUUGUGUGGUUCUCCACCACACCUCUGGAUGACGACACCAUGGAGGCCAUGCUCAUACGAACCCUCACCAUCAGAGAGCUGUGGAGGGAGAAUAGAAGUGGUACAGACCAACAGACGACAGACGACCCACCUUUUAUACCUGAUGAGGAGGAUUCAGAAUGAUGAAGGAAGGCUAGAUCACCAGUGACAUUUUUGGACAUUGUUUUUGGAGGAAUGUCUUAAUAUUCAGGUAUCAAGCUUGUCUAAAAACUCAAGAGAAAUGCACUCCAUCAAAAGAGAAAUCUUUCAAGUCUUUCAAACCCUUAACAUUUUUACAAAAGAUGCUUAUUUCUUCAAGUUAUUUGCAGGUUUUGAUGUAUAAACAACUCAGUUUGUAUUUGAGUAAAGAAAAAAGUUCAUGUUACCUCCUGAUAUGGUUUCCUUCAGUUGAAUGUUGAUGCUUUAAGUUGUGA